UCCCAGUAAAUAGAACUAUAUAUAGUACAAUCUACCAUACACCUACAGUUAUAACAGUACUACAAUCUUCCUGCACAACCCCAUUGGAAACUUUGUGCCCCUUUAGCAUGAAUUUAUGUGAUGUGGCUCUGCUCUCAUAUCAUGUGACAGUCAUGUGAUGAUCUCUUCCCCCUCACACACAGCCCAGCAUCCUCACGACCUCCCGUUCUCCCGUGGAGACCGACUGACCAUCCUGGAGCCUUGCAACGUCAUCUUCUGGUACCUGGCAGAGGACGCCCACGGGAAGAGAGGAGUCAUUCCCAUCAACUUCGUCAAGGUUGACGGUACCAAGGUUUGGUCUAAGCCACCUCCCCCUCUCCCCCCAUCUCCCUCCUCCUCCUACACCUCCUCCUCCACUGGCCACCUCGUGUCUGUCACUCCAGACCAGAGACAGAGGAGACUUUCUCCUCAAACUAUUUCAAGGUCUUCAGUACAUCCCCAUGUUCACCGCACAUCAUCAGCAGAGGGACUCGAUAGUUCACACCCUAUCACUCCGCCCAAACCCCGCCUACCCUCUCCUCCACCAAUGACAUCAUCGUCGACGCCGCCCACCAAUGACACCACACCCCCUGUCAUCCCACCGCGACAUGCCCCACCCAUGCCAUUCCGACAGCCCGCAGGAGGUAGACAGAACAUCCCCCGGAGUGCCAGGGUUACCCCCGGGGGCCUUACCCCGGGGUUUAGGACUAACGGCAAGCCCCCCGUACCCCUCCCCCCAUCACCAAAGCCGCAACCCCGGGGGAAAAAACUCGCUCCUCCUCCACUUCAGCCGAAACCGGGGGCCAAGAAAUUAGUUCCCCAGCAAUCAAAUGGCCCCUCGUCGCGGCACAUGACAAGCAAAGCCGCACCCAAAAAGACACCCUCAUACAAGAAACCCCUUACGCCAAAUGUUUUGCCCCUCGCUAGCGAGCAAAUACCACAGGGGCCCCCAAUUAAUAUUGACAACAGACCCCCUGCACCCCUACCCCUUGAGGCAUUCUUGCCAGGGUCUGCUGGUGCGUCAGCCCUACCUCUCAGUCCCGCUGUAGGUCCUAAAGGUAAAUACAACACCAUUCAGGAGUUCAUAAGCAAAUCGGGCUGGUUCCAGCCGUCAGUAGAGGCGGUUCUGUGUCGCAAGGCAGUAAUCCAGAUCCCAGUCUUUCUGACUAUGACCACUGGAGUCUACCUCUUCAAACAUAGGUUCAGAGCCAACCUCCAAUAUGUGGGGAAAAGCCACAACGUCUACAAAGGAUUGAUCCAGAUGUUCCACCGACUGUUUGAGCGACCGGACAGCAAGUUGAACCCCGUGGAACUGCAGCUCAAGUACCACAGUCCUGACUCGGAUCAGUGGUAUGUGAGGCUUGUUGCAGUUCAAAACCCCGACAGACUAGACCUGGAACGGGCAAAAAUGAUCGCUCGAAUGAGGUCAGUACAGCCGGAUGGGCUGAACACAGAGUUUGAGUUUUCAAGCCGAGAGGACUGGUACGAGUUUGCCGCCUGGUACAAGGAUCACUGCAGCAAGGCAAAAGAGAUGCAGAGGGCCAGCGGAGGAUUUUGAUCCCGUCCUGAACAAGAGGAAACUGCAGAGUGACUUGAAAGACGUCCAAACGUCGUUCUUGGCCCUCCCUCCUCCCCGUUUCAAUUUACAACAGAGGAAUAAUUUUAGCUCAUGUUAUAUACCUCUACCUCUCUCAUCUUUUUCCUUUUUCAAUUCGCACACAUUAACAAUGGGACAAGAGGAUGUCUAUCCCCUUCUCCUCCCUCGAUCGUCAUGCACACACUCAACUGCAUACUAUAUACACAUAACUAUUAUAGUGUAUCUACGCCCCAAUUUCACCAACUAUUAUCACUGUAUAUUACACGUCAGUACGGUACAAUAGAUAAUAUAUACACUUCACAAAA